AUGACCGCUGGACGGUACGAGCGGACACGACGGCGGCGCGCGCCACUGGCGCUGCUGCUGGCAGCUGUCGUCCUGGCCGCGGUCUCGCCUGUGCGAGCAGCGUCGAUCGGGGUGGUGCGGGAGUGCGCGGGCGGCGUGUGCUCGACGGCGCUGGACGUGAAUCUCACCACGACGCUGGAAGCAGGGCCUCUGGAUCAAGAAAUCGCGAUUCCGACCAACAUGAUGAUCGAGGACGCCGAGGGCGAGCUCUGGCGGGCCACCGAGCCCAUCACCGUGCGCCUGCGCGCCCCGCACGGCCGCACCACCAGGUUCGACUUGACGUACGACGGCGGCGAGAUCUACGACAGACCCGUCGUGCCGUACCAGUACGACAACACGGACGCCGCGACGCCGAACUGCACCACCAACAUCGUGCAGGACUGGUCGCAGUCUGACGCGUACAACGAACAAACCGUGCUGUGCUGUCCGAACCAGGAGCUUGGGCAGUUCGACCCGCACCGCGGAUGGGCGUUCCUCCUCGACCGCUGCCCGUUCGACGCGUACCACAGCUUCGACCUCCGCAACGCGACGCACUCGGUGGACCUGAACGUCACCACGUCGCAGCCGGCCGUUGGCUUUUCCGAGGGCAUCCUCGUGGUGGCGUCGGGGAACGGAACGCGCCCCGACGCGAAGAUGACGCUGUCGUACACGGUCGUGUGGCCCGAGGCCGACGCCGUGGAGUCCCAGCUCGGCGCGGGCCCCGGCGGCACUCUGAAGCUCCUGUUGCCGUCUGCGGACAACUACGCCGAGGGGUACGCGAUUCCGUCGUCUGCGUUCGGCACGGAGACGGUGCAGUCCACGGCGGACCCGUCGAAGAAGUACGGUCUGCUCGGAGUGCGCGACCAGGCGUGGGCGGAGGAGCACGUCAACCACUGCAGCGCCAACGGCCCGGUGCACUCCGCGGUGCUCGAUUCCGGCGAGUACAACACCACGCAGCUCAAGCCCUUCCUCACGUCCACGCUCGCGUCCAGGCUCGGGGGGCAGUACGGCGGGACGUGCUCGUUCGUGUCCGACCCGGACUCCUCUGUCGCGACCAAGGUCGCGGCGGUGCAGUCCAAGCAGACCGUCCGUUGUUUCGACCCUGCCACCACCGUCACGCUGCGCCUCCUCGUGGACGCCGGCGUGGGCGCCCUGUCCCUCGAGCGCGUCCCGGUCGAGGCUUCCGUCGUCGCGAGCUCGGUGGAGGCGACGACGACGCUCCGCACCGACCCUGCGUCGUACCAGCGCGUGUUGUUGCUCGACGUGCUUCUCAACUCGACGCUUCCCCAGGAGGUGACGGUCGCCGCGGGGCAGUGCUGCAGGCAGGGCACGUCUGACUGCGGCGUCGCGUCGCUGAACGCCACGCAGCAGGUCCGGACGAUCGCCGCGGGCGCCACGGCAACCUUUGCCUGGGGUCUGACUAUCUCUAGCGCGCAACAGGAGACCUUCACUCUCGAAUGCCAGUGGGCGUUCUCCGCGAACGACCGCGACAUCGGCGUGUCGUCCUCCACGACGGUCGUCGUGUUCGAGCAGCCCGCGGCCGGCACGGCGCCGCCCACGACCACCGCAGCGCCGGGCACCAGCCCCCCCCCUGAGCCGAUGAUGUUCCGCGUGGCGUACGCGCUGCCGCCGUCGCAGCUGUCCAUCUCGACCGUGCAGCUCGACAGCCUGAAGACCAUCCUCAGCGACGCCAUGCAGGUCCCGAGCGGGUUCGUGUCGGAGAGCUUCGAGCUGCGCGCGUCGGCCCCGCGGCAAAACACCCCCCCCGCGCGGCGGCGCUUGCUGCAGCCGUCGCAGUCCACCGCGUGCGCCGGCGCGGUGUACUACAUCACCUACACCGUGACGCUCGGCUCCUCCUCCGACGGCGCCGCGUACAGCGACCGCCUCGUCACCGCGUUCGACACAGGCACUAUUGGCGCACAGGUGUCCAACACAGACGCUGGGGCCCGCAUCGCGCUGCUCACGGAGCCGAAUUACUGA